UUUAUAACAGCACGAAAACUGUGGCCUGCUGCAAAAAAUAAACCAUUGCCGUGCUCGCAAGGAGCGUUCACUUUGCAGGUGCGCCGUGCCGUGGUUGUCGCCAAACCACGGACAUUCAGAAAAGGAAAUAUUUGACUCAACCACCCCCCACCACAGCCGGUCCAGUGGCAGUCCCGUAGAGUACCCCCCUGUCUACCCGUCUGUCUACCCUGGCGACAGACCCAACCACGCAGAGACAGCACACAGCUGCUUCGAUGAACGUGACGAAAACCUGCCGAGUGAUGUUCCGAAAUAUCCUGACAUUCCGACCUACGAUUUUGUGAAUCACGUCGACAGCGGGAGGAACUGUGUAGACCGGAGGACGUAUCUACUAGACCAGCCGGAAAUUCCGAACUAUCGGCGAGAGUACCCUAGCGACCAUAGUGAGUAUCCUAGCGACCGGAGCGAUUAUCCCAGCUCAUCGUUUCCUAGCGAUCGCAGUGACUAUCUGAACUCGUUUCCUAGCGAUCGCAGUGACUAUCUGAACUCGUUUCCUAGCGAUCGCAGCGAUUGUCCAAACUCGUUUCCGAGCGAUCGCAGUGACUACCCUAGCGAUAGAAGCGACUACCGCAAAGAGAAACGGGGUGAAGAGUUCCAGGAUGACGACAGCUCCGAGGAUGACUACGAGCCGAUAGAGUCUCUGCCUCCCCUACGAACUGUGACGCCGCUGGUGCCGCCGCCACUGCCGCCGUUACGACCCAAGUUCAGGAAGAUGUCGGAUGGGCCGCCCAAAUACGUCAAGGCCCUGCACACGUUCAAGGGAUCAAACAACGAUGAGCUGUGUUUCUCAAAAGGAGAUAUCAUCACAGUGACACAGGCACUGGAUGAGGGAUGGUGGGAAGGCACCCUCAACGGAAAAACAGGAUGGUUUCCUAGCAACUACGUCAAAGAGGUCAAAGGUGAUCUUAGUAGCAAGGCUAACAGAGCUUCGGAUGUUAUUUCGUACAAGAGAGAAAGCAUGCAGCUCUACCACAACGUGGUAUUGAAAAAUAUCAUAGAAACGGAGAAGUCUCACGUGGAAGGAAUGAACAAGGUGUUACAGACGUACAUAAAACCACUGCAGAACGCUGGAGUAUUGUCGCCAGCGGAGUACUCUCAGUUAGUGGGCAACAUAGAGCAGAUUGAUGCAUUCCAGCACAUGUUUCUAGCCUCCCUGGAGGAGUGUGAAAAGUUACCCCCAAUGAAAAGACGAAUUGGAGGUGUGUUUAUGGAGCAUGCUCCCGAGUUGAAGACCCUGUACAUGGAUUACUGUGGAAACCACCCCAAGGCUGUCUCCAUCCUGCAGUGCAGAAGAGAGGACCUGAAUCGUUUUAUGGAGAGUGCGGGAGCUACCCCUCCUGGAUACAUGACACUGACAACAAAUUUAUCAAAACCAUUCACUAGGCUUGAUAAAUACCCAAGUUUACUGAAGGAACUGGAAAGACAUAUAGAGGAAAGUCACCCAGACAGAGGAGACACGCAGAGAGCUAUAGCUGUAUAUAGAGAAAUAGCUAAUUCCUGUUUAGAAAUCCGGAGACUAAAGGAGAUGGAACAUGAGAUAAUCACAAGUACUAUCAAAGGCUGGGAGGGGGAGGAGAUUAGUAUUCUCGGUGAUGUGGUUCACCUCUCACAGGUGCAGGUCCACAAACAGACGGGGGAGAAAUACGACCGGAUAUUUGUUUUAUUUCCGGGAGUCCUCGUCAUGCUGUCGAUGAGUCCCAGACUUAGUGGUUAUCAAUAUGAGGGUAAACUUCCUCUGAGUGGUAUGACAGUAAAUCGUUGUGAAGAUUCUGAAACAUAUCCUAAUGGUUUUGAAAUAUCAGGGAACAUGAUAGAGAAAAUGGUUGUGACGUGUGGAACGAAGAUCGAAGUGCACCCGUGGGUAGAAAUUCUCCGACAACAAAUCAACCAGUCAUAUCAUUCCGCAUCCAGCAAACCCCAGAGUCUUAAGGUCUCCACCUCUCAACCGAGCAUCAGCACACUAACUCAGGCGAAGACGGCCAAAGUGAUGCACUCUCAGGUCCAGGUCGUCCACUCCCCCGUACAAAACAAAGUCCACAAGACGUGGAGCAUGUCGUGUCUUCGACCGUCGCCCCCACUCCGGCCGUCGCUGAUGUGUCGCGAUGAAGUACUGAAGAGUCCACGGGCUAACAGGAAAUCUGCAACGGCAAAGAGAAAACCAGAUGACCCCAAAGUUUACUACGAAGAUGCAUUUAUCCUGCAAGUGAUAGAAUCCUACUGUAAUAGUGCUAAAACAAGACACACGGUCAACUCCUGUAGACAAAUAAUUUCGGAGAGAAGAAAUCUUAAAGCUGUGUUGAGUUCGCCUCACGUACUUAUCGCUGACGAAGAGAAAAUCAUUGACGAAUCGGAUUUUCAAGAAAAAACUUUAGUCGACACAGUCUAUUCUCUGAAGGAUAAGGUCAAAGAACUGGAGCAGGAACAGAAGCGGAUGAAGCGAGAUAUUGAAGAUGAAAGAAAGGCGAGACGCAGGCUCGAGAACAUGGUGCACAAACAGAUGGGCAGACAACUCUUGGAGUCCGUGUGCAACGAGUCAUCAACAUGACGCUAGCAUUUUUAGUUUCUCUCUGAUAAUUGGGUGGGGUGUGGGUUACAUGUAUACUGAACAGAUGGACAGAUAACUCCUGGAGUCGGUGACGCUAGAGUUUUUAGUUUCUCUCUGAUAAGUGGGGAGAUUGGUUGAUGGUGGGGGGUUACAUGUAUAUUGAUCUCCAUUGAAAAUGUAUCAGUGAGAUUUUUAGUUCUAAAAAUUCUAUAACAAAAAUAUUACACCUGUAACUGGUUUAGGAUAACUGGAUAGAUUCUGGUUAUUCUCAGUUAUUAUUGGAGGUGUGAAAGUUGUGAGGAGGUGGGGAGUGGGUAUGUUUCUAAGGAAGGGGUAAAGGGCAGGGAUAUAGGAGUUGUUUUGCAUUUCAUGUUAUAGAUUUUUGUCAUUUAAGUUGUAGGUGUUUGGGGACCAUUUCUGUCACUAACGUACAAGUAUUUGUGCAUAUAUGUACACGUAGGAGAUUGUUUUAGCCAUUUUUGUAGUCAGUGGCCAUAAUUUAUAUAUUUAAAAAAAAGAAGUGUAUUCUGUAAAGUGGAUAACAUUAAUGAUUUUGUUAUUCUCUAAAAUCAUUUAAUAUAGGACAGAUAGACCAAUAUUAAAGGCGCAGACCCUUGUUUCAGCCUGUGAAAAUGGACGUUACGUUUAUUUAUUCUAAAUCAGGAAAUGUUAGCGAGCAUAAAAUGUUAGCGAAUUUAGCGAGGUCACACAAGAUGCUAAUAUUUCAUGACGCUAAAUUUAAAGACACAUAUGUAAUGGACUGUUCCGAAAACACUUUUGUGUGACUGUUUUGUCUGUGAUUAACUGAACUAGCAAUAAUGGUUACAUGAUUAAACCAAAAGGAUAGCUAACAAAAGUGGGUCGUUAGCACGCACAUUACUGCAAUUUCUACUAAAUUCAAGAUGUCUGUAAGCUGCUUAGCAUCACGAUUCAUCCAAAACAUUAUUUCAGCUGAGCCUACAACUUAAGCUUAUUCUUUUUUUUUCUCAAUUUCUGAUAUAACGACCUCGAUAAAGUAUGUUCUUAAUAUGUCACUUAUUUGAAUUUUGCUAAAUUUUACGAUCGCUAAGAUUUGAUCAUUUCCAGUAAUCUACAAACCUGGACCCAUAUUUUCGAAGCCAUCUUAGCACUACGAAACCGUCGUAGGUUGUGACGUCACAACAGCACACGCCAUAGUGACGUCAUAGCUUACGAUGAUUUUACGAUUUCGUAGGCUAAGAUAGCUUCGAAAAUAUGGGCCCUGCAACACACACAUGGAUAUGGUUAUGACAGAGAGAAGCUGAAGUCUUUAAAGUUUAAAGAGGGAAAUACCAUCUAAAAUAACUAGAGCUUAAUUGUCUCAUUAACCAUUACUUCUUAGACGAAUGAACAUGCGUUUUUAAAAACUAGAGUAGGCCUAUGUCACUUUAACAAGUCACAUUGGUGUUUUCCAAUGUUAGAGUUUCUAAUAUUUUCAAAUACUUGACAAUUUGACCUGUCUUAGGCAACCAUUUUUUUAAUAUUCCCUCAAAUGACCACUUAAAACGGUUUCAAAUGCUUGUAAAUAGAACCAUUGAAAUGCCCACCAGCUCUACAUAUUGUUACUUCCAUGACAUUGUACAAACUGACAUUAUAUUGAGCAGAUACCUGUCUUAAUGUGUCAUCUUUUGGUGCUGUCUUAAGUGACUGCUUUACACAGGUUUAACUGUGCAUGUACAUCAGGGCCCCGUUCCACAAAGCGAUCUUAGCGCAAAGAUCACCAUUUUGGCAUGAUGUAGUUAUGCACUUAAGGUGAUCUUAGGGCUAAGAUCACUGUGUUGGCAUGAUGUAGUUAUGCACUUUAGGUGAUCUUAGCGCUAAGAUCACUGUGUUGGCAUGAUGUAGUUAUGCACUUAAGGUGAUCUUAGUGCUAUGGUUGCUUCGUGGAACGGGCCCAGAUUCAUUAAAACACCCACCAAAUUUACAUAUUUUUAUUUCCAUACACAAGUAUAUUCACAGGCCGAUAGAAGUGUGCAGUGGUGUAGCGUGGAUGGGGCCACUGGGGCGGUUGCCCCAGGCACAAAAUUCUGGACUGAUGGAAGGGACACAGGGAGUGCUAACGGUCCACUGGUUAGGGGGCGCAAUACUUGCCUUGCCCUGGGUGCUGGCAACUGACGCUACGCCACAGGGAGUGUGUGAUAAAAUACACUUAUAAACAGAACCAUGAUUAGAAAAGCAUUCAACCUUAUAUAUUGUUAUUUACAUACACAUGUUCACAGGGUCAUGUGGAGAGGGUGAGAAUAUAUACAUCCUAGGGCCUCCGCUAAUGUUUCAUACUGUUAUUUUCAUAUUUGUUCUCAGACCUAUAGGAGUGUAUUAGAAAACGCAUUUGUAAACAGAACCAUUAGAAAAGCAUCCAUCAUUACAUAUUGUUAUGUAUAUAUGUGUGUUAACAGGUCAAUGGAGUGUGUGAAAAUAUAUAUACAUGUCAAUAUAACCAUUAGAAAAUCAAUCAAUGUUACAUAUUGUUUCUUUGAUACAUACAUGUAUGUUUAAAGGCCACAUGAGUGUGUGUGACUUCUUUUCUUUCUUUUUUCUAUAUAACUAUUAGAAAAUCCACCAGUGUUACAUAUUUAUUUACAAUGACAUGUUCACGGGGCCAUGGGGAAGGUGCGAAAACUAUAUAUGUAAAUAUAACAAUCGGAAAACCCACCAACUUUACAUAUUGUUAAAUAUUCUUUACAUACACGUAUGUAUGUUCACACUGUCAUGGGUAUGUGUAAGGAGAAUGUAAGAAUUUCGUACGAGUUUUAUAAACAUUUGUGGGUCGAAUUUACAAAGCUUGUUUUUUCUUAAACACAAGUGUUUUAGCAUUGUAAAUAUAUGUAGCUUCAUGUGUGAAAGUCAAACACAAGCCUUGUAUAUCCGGCCCUCUGUGUAUACUGAAUAUUCUCUUUAUAACGACAAUGUGUUUCCUUUUACAUUUACUUUUGUUGGAAAUGGUAGUUUUCGCUGACAAUGAAAAUCCAUUAACAGCAAUGGUUUCCAUUUUUGUAUGACUAAAGAUUUUGUCUACUAAAAUAUUUUUUGUAGGAGAUAUAAAUAUUGAUGAUUACUAACUUGGAAUAUUAAUAAUUUGUCUUGGAAUAUUAAUAAUUUGUACAUAGAAGAUGUCUUUCUGAUUGUACAUAAAGAUAAGGUCAGAAAAUGUCUGAGAUAUUGGUGGGGGAAGAAAGGAAUAUUAAACAGAAUUUGAUAUUAAACAUUAAUAAAUAAUAGAAACUUUAUUUGGGGUUUGAAACAAAAGACCUGUUUUAGUGAAAUUAAGAUACUGGGAUUUGAACCCUGUAGCUUCCAGCGUUCAGGCUGUUGGCUCAGAGAUAUGUGACUUGCUGUUUCCUACUAAAAAAAAAAAAAAAAUAUAAGUGUUUUUAUAUUUGCCAGACUUUCAGGUUUAUGCUCUGUAAAAAGAAAAAAGUGUUAAAGAAUUUUUACAAAAGGUAUGUCUGUACUUAAUUUUGUUAUGAUAAAAUACAUUGCUUUGUAAAAACAAUUGCAAAAAAGAAAAAACAUUGGUAUUUAUGUGUUUGUUAAUCAAAACAAACCCCAAAAUAUUUAGUAUUUAUAUGUGUUAUAAUUGUUAAAAGAAAACAAACCCCUAAAGGUGUUUUUUUUUUUUAUUUAUUGGUAUUUGUUAAAACUCUUUGUGUUUCAAGACUUAAUUUCAAUUGUCAUUUGUGUGCUCGUGUACAUUAACUUGUUUACGUUUGUGUCUCUUUGCCAAAAAUAUACAUUUAUAUAUUUAUAAAGCUGGGAAUAAAAGAAGAUUGAAUGAC